AUGAUGCAAAUGGUCCAAAGUUUCAUUCUAGUUGGUUAUGGGCAAACAAUAGUAAAGGUAAUUGAACGUAAUGACCUUGGAAAAGAUGAACCGGUAGAAUAUGUUGCCAAGGUGGUCGGAAAGGAAAAAGGACCGGAUGGUAAACAGAGAACUGAGGAUAUGAACAAAAUUACUGAAGACAGCACAAUUAGUGAGAUAAAAUUAUUGGCAAAACUGCGGCACAAGCAUGUUAUAAGGUGCUAUGGAGCAUUUGAGAACGACGAUUCUUGGGUGAUUGUUCUUGAAUAUGCUCAAGGUGGCAAUGUCUUCGAUCGACUCGUCAAGGCUUCCCGCUUCUCUGAAGCAAUUGCAGCACAUUAUAUAAGGGACUUAAAACUUGAUAAUUUUCUUAUAAAAGGCGCAAAUAAGAAUUUUCUUGAAGACAUACUCCUGCUAAGUGAUUUCGGACUUGCUACUUAUAGCGAAACUAAAAGAGCACAGAAGAAGUGUGGAUCACCUAUGUAUGCUGCUCCAGAACUUUAUAGAUUGUCCAAGGAUGAACUGUAUACAGAAACAGUCGACAUUUGGUCACUUGGAGUAUCAGCAUAUAUAGUGUUUAAUGCAAGAUCUCUUUACUAUGACCUUAAAGACAUACUACUCCUGUCUGGAAAAGUCGAUCAAAUUGCAAAGAAAGUCACUAAUGAUAAUAUAGACUAUGUUAUAAGAAAUAAUAGAAGAUAUCUUAGUCAGAAUGCGGAAAAUUUCUUAUUGAGUUGCUUAAACGUUAACCCAGUAGCCAGAGCAUCUGCUGAAACGCUUCUGGGUCAUCAGUUGUUUGAUAGUUGUGAGGAUAAAUACCUGGACCAAAAAGCAAUGAAAAAAUGGAAGGCAGGCUUGAUAGCAGUUAGAGCAAUGGAGCCACUUGCUAAGAAGUUACAUGAUAAGCAAACUUUGAAAAGAACAGUCAACAAGUCUAUUAGUGUGCUUCCAAGAAAUCCAUCAAAACCCAGGCAAAAUCGGCUUUCAGAGAAGCACCAACACACAAAUGAUCAUACUGGAGUGACCUCAAGCUUUUAG